CUUAAGGAAAUCUCUGAAAACCAGAGCUAAAACAAACGAUAGCGCUGCGAAAAUAUCUGGAAUCGCUUUGUUUAAACGAACAAGUAUUAAGUCGUGAGCUAGUGCUUCGUCUUGGGACGUAUAUGCUGAAUUGCUUUGUUUCCAAAGCACUGUUUAACUAGUAAUCAGAUUUCAAUGAAAUUUAUACCAUUUUAUUCCUCUCAUUAAAAUAAAUUGGAUGGUUAGACGAAUCUGCUUGGAUUUAUCACCUUCGCACGAAUGGGAAAAUAUGCUAAAGGUCAUCAAUGAAAAUCAGCACCUGGUAAAUCGGGUAUUGGCUACCUCAUGAUCAAGAAGCUUCCUUCAAGGUUACAUAAUCUGAUAAGAGAAACAUACAACCUUAUACUAGUUUCAGGACACAUCCCUGAACAAUGGAAAUCUUCAACGAUAAUUCCCAUUUCGAAACCAGAGAAAUUUAAUUACAAUAUGGUCAAUGUUAGACCAAUAGCACUAUUAGAUACAUUUAGAAAAGUACAUUUAGAAAACUUUAACCAAAAUUAUAAGUUCCAGGUUGGGGACGAUAUUUAAUGAUAAUAAGGAUAUAUAUAUUAUGUCCGGACAAUUUUUGUGGCCUUAAAGGAGAUUCAACGUCAACGCCUAUACAACUAAUCAAGACCAACACAAACAGUUAUGGAUUAUGUUUCGGGAUAUAGCAAAGGAAGAAAAGCUCAAAUCCUAACAUCGUUUGGACUGACUCCUUCUUUUGAGGC